AUGUUUGCCCAUCACGGGACGAGGAGCCUGGGCUCGCUUCACUCGCUUGACUUGGAACAUGUUCACCCAGCGACCCGGUCCGUGGUGUACCGAGGAGAUGGUGCUGAGGGGCGUGGCAAGCGUGGCAUGCCUGCCAGGGCGUUGAUGGCGCCGGGAUCAAAAGAAAAGAGACAACUUGCACGCACGUUGGGCGGCAAUCCGGCCAGAUUAUACUCCCCCGACAAUGCCAGCCAACCGACGGCAAUGUAG